UGAAGAGCUAGUCAAAAGUAGCGGGCUUGUUUAAAGUAGAUUUGCUUUCACAUUGUUCUAUUUGAAAAAUCGUAAGGGAGAUGGAGUUAUCUGAAGUAUUUGUGGGACUAUUAGCAUGUCUUACGUUUCUGCUUACGAUGUGGGUCCGCCAUAAGUUCCGUUACUGGAGUCGGUUUAAGGUACCCCAUGCUAAGGCCAGUAUCUUAAGUGGUAAUUUGUGGGAUUUCAUCACAAUGCGAACCAAUUUCGGCUAUAAUUUAAAAGCCAUAUACGAUGACGAAGAGUUUCAAAAUGAAGCCGCCGUUGGAGUUUAUGGAGUUUAUACGCCCGGACUGCUUAUUCGACAUCCAGAAUUGAUCAAAACGGUAUUUAUUAAGGAUUUUGAAAAGUUUGGCAAUCGAUCCUUGCAGUGUGAUCCACAUAGUGACCCACUUGGACACAAGCUUUUGAUAAUGGCCCCAUACGGACAAUGGAAAAAAUUGCGUCCCCAAUUGAGUCCAACAUUUACGAGUGGCAAAUUGAGGCAAAUGUAUCCCUUACUUCAGACAGUUGGCCAAGGCCUUGAAGAUUAUUUGCAAAAGAAAGGCGAUAAAUUUGUGUUGGAGUUCAAGCAUUUCGCGGCACAGUUUACAACGGAUAGCAUUGCCACUACCAUUUUGGGAAUUCAAUCGAAUGCCUUGGAGAAAUCAAAUGAUCCGAUAUUUUUGGAAGCCUUGAGGAUAUCGAAUUUUAGUUAUCGACGUGCUCUAUCGUUUUUCUUCUUACUGUUUAUGCCUCAUUUAUCUGGUCUGGUCGGAGCAAAACCGUUUUUCAAGCAAACCUAUGCUUUUUUCAAAGUAUUUGUAAGACAAGUGGUUAAAGACCGCGAGACAAGUGGCCUAAAGCGCAACGAUUUGGUUGAUCUUUUAGUCAGCCUGAAAAAGGAGGCUGCAGCAGCCGGAGAAGAUGAAUCCCUUACCAUGGAAAACUUGGUGGGACAUUCACUUAUGCUAGUGGCUGCUGGGAAUGAGACUUCGUCAACUGUCAUAGCAUGUGCCUUGUACGAGUUGGCUUUGCAUCCUAAUAUUCAAGAGAGAUUGCGUCACGAAAUACUCGAGACCGUCCUCGAAGGCGAGGGGCAAAUAUCCUAUGAUCGUCUCAAUGAAAUGGAGUACCUACGAAUGGUGGUGGAUGAAAUUUUGCGCAAGUACCCAGUAUUGCCACUAUUGGAUAGGCGAUACAUGGCAGCAGAUAAGAAGACAGGAUAUUCUCUGAAACCUUAUUACGAUUAUGAAAUACCCCACGGAAUGCCUGUUUAUAUAUCCACUUAUGCACUGCACUACGAUCAAAAGUAUUGGCCUAAUCCCACGCAGUUCGAUCCAGAGCGUUUCUCUGCUGAAAACCGUAAGACAAUCAACCCAAGUGUCUAUCUACCCUUUGGCAAUGGUCCUAGGAAUUGUGUUGGUGCUCGUCUGGGACAACUGCAGGUGAAGGUCGCCUUGGUGCAUAUUCUUAAAAACCAUGAAAUUCGUGUGUGUAAACAAACAAAUAUGAAUCCCCAUUUUGAUCCAAAGGCCUUUACCCUACAAAUUGCUGGUGGUAUACAUCUUGAAUUAUUAUGUGACAAUAUGUGUAAUAAAGCAUUUAAAUAAAUAUUCGUUUGAAAUUCAGGUAAAAACUACGAAA